UCUAUCCUUCUUUUAUGACAAAUACAAAUCAAGUUUACAACAGAAUUAGUAAGUUAUAUAUGUUUUUUGUGGUUAUGUUCCAUGUGUUUUCCGUGAUUCUUUAAAAACAUGUCAGAAUCAGUUGAAGUUAUAAAAAAUGAAACAACAGAUGAUGAUCCCUAUGCUUAUUUAGAUAGGGGCGAUUUCACAUCGGAAAAUUUCAAAAUAGAAAUAAAAAAUUUACCGAAAUAUUAUGGUAUUAAUGAAUUUAGGAAGUUACUGAAUAAUAAACUUAAAUUGAACACCAACAAGAUCAAAACACCCAGACGGAACAGUCCCUAUGCUUUCGUAUGCUUUAGGAAUGAUGAGGAUAGGGAAAAUGCAAUUCAAGUAAUCUCUAACUAUAAAUGGAAGGGCAACUCUUUACAAGCUAUAAAAGCAAAACCGAUUCCAGAUCCAUUGGUUAAAAAGAGAAAAGAAGAUGAAGGGCAUGGUAACUCUAAUAAAAAGGCAAAGUUUGAAGGAACACAAGAAGAAAGGCUCAAAAGUUCUACAAUUCCAUUUUGGAAUGUAGAAUAUAGUGAACAACUGAAGUACAAAGAUCAAGAAAUCAAACAGAUACUAAAAAAACUAGGUAAUGAUUUGCAUCAUCAUAAUGGAGAAUUGAGAUCAUGGCUAGAUAAACAAAAGAAAAAACAUGGUGGUUUACCAUGCGAAUUGCUUGAAAUUCGUUCUGGGGAGCCAAUAGAUGGUUACAGAAAUAAGUGCGAGUUUAGUGUUGGCACAGAUGAAGAAACAAACUUGCCCACUGUAGGUUUUAAAAUUGGAGCUUAUGUUAAUGGGGUUACUGGUGUUGGACCAGUUGACAAUCUCAAACAUAUACCAGAAUCAAUGAAAAUUGCUGUUAAAGUAUUCCAGGAGUUUGUCAGGAAGUCUGACUUGCAGGUUUUCAAUCCAGAGUUGCACACUGGACAUUUCCGACAAUUGGCCGCCAGGUCAGCACCUGAACAACUUAUGCUUGUUGUUGGGAUUCAUCCACAGAAUUUGUCCAAGGAUAAAUUAGAGCAAUUCAAGAAGGGUUUGAUUGAAUUUUUUGCGAACGGCGACGGGAAAGUUGCCAAAGUAACAUCUUUAUAUUACCAAGCAAUUGUUAAAAAACAACAGGAUAAAGAUUAUAUUCCUCCGGAACAUUUAUAUGGCGACACGCAUAUUUACGAAACGAUUUUAGGUUUGAAAUUUCGUAUUUCUCCCGAAGCGUUUUUCCAAGUAAACACCCCGGGAGCGGAAAUUUUGUACAAGUCGGCAAUUGAACUGGCCGCUCCGACGAAAAGCAGCACCGUACUUGACGUUUGUUGCGGUACCGGGACUAUCGGAUUGUGUUUUGCUGAUAAAUGUGAUCAAGUUUUGGGCUUGGAAAUUAUACCGCAGGCGAUUGUUGACGCUAAGGAAAAUGCGUUGUUUAACAAAAUCGAGAAUACCGAAUUUUAUCCCGGAAAAGCUGAAGAAAUUCUGGGACAAGUUUGCUAUAAAUCUAAAAACGAUCACGUUAUAGCAAUUGUUGAUCCACCUAGGGCGGGACUACAACAAAAAGCAAUACAACAGUUGCGUAAAAUCAAACGAAUCAACAGGUUGGUUUAUGUGUCGUGCAAUCCAUCGUUGGCGAUGAAGAACUUCGUCGAUCUAGGUAGACCGGAAUCGAAGACGUUACACGGCGACAUGUUUGUACCAGUAAAAGCGGUAGCAGUCGAUAUGUUUCCGCACACAAAACAUUGCGAGCUUGUUAUUUGUUUUGAUCGCUGGGAAAAUGUUUCUAAACAAGAUCUGGAUGCUAAGAAAACGGGUCCAACAGACGAGGCUGCUUCUGAGGAAUCUAUUUGUAAAGAAACAUCAGUAAUAAAUAUGUAGUAUAUAUAUAUAUGUAUGUAUAUAUAUGUGUCUGUA